AUGUCGCUCUCAAGCGGUGAUGUCUCUCAUACGUUGCCGUCUGUUGAUAUGAUUAAUGCUACGAGCAAGCUUCAGUUGGAAGCUGCUGAAGUACGUAAGAACAAACCGAACUGGAACUCGUAUCUGAGAAGCCAUAUGAUUGAACAAGAAGAUUAUAAUUUUAUAUCCGCUUAUGAAUCUGCAAAGUCGAAGGCUGAUCGUGAUGCGCUGCUUAAAUCCAACGAAGAACAAUGUGCCCGUACACUAAUAAAUUUAAUAACCACCGUUGCUAAGGACGAAAAUGUUCGCUACGUAUUGACUCUUUUUGACGACCUACUUCAGGAAGAUAAAAGCCGUGUGAAGAUCUUUCAUCACUACGCAGCGAAACAGAAAAGAAGUAUUUGGUCUUGGUUUUUGACAAUUCUUCAGCGACAGGACAAUUUCAUUGUCAACCAGAUGUCAUCAGUAAUGGCGAAAUUAGCCUGUUUUGGCUCAGUCCUCAUGGGAGGGAAGGAGCUGAACUAUUACUUCAAGUUUCUCAAGGACCAGCUGAAGUCUUCUAACAAUGAAUAUAUCAACACAACAGCGCGAUGCUUGCAAAUGAUGAUGCGUAUUGAUGCUUACCGAUAUGCUUUUGUUGCAAACGAUGGGAUCACCAGCAUUUUAUCGACUUUAAGUGGUAAAGCGAACUUUCAGUUACAGUAUCAAUUGAUAUUUUCCUUAUGGUGUCUGACGUUUAACGCUGAAAUUGCUGAAAAAAUACCUAGCAGCGGAGUUAUACAAGUGACACGCAUCAUUCUUGGCACUUUCCGCAAUGUUCUUGAAAAAAUUGAAGAUCGAGAGUUGGUAAGGGAAUGUGCCUUGCAAAUGGUUCAAUGCAAAACUCUUAAAACUUUGGAAUUAAUGGAUGUGAAAAAAUAUGAUGACAUAGAUUUACAAGAAAACAUUGAAUUUCUGUCGGAAAAAUUGCACCUUUCAGUCCAGGAUCUCUCAUCUUUCGACGAAUAUGUGACAGAGCUGAAGUCCGGAAGAUUACAGUGGAGCCCUGUACACAAGUCCGAGAAGUUCUGGAGGGAAAAUGCACAAAGAUUUAAUGAGAAAGAUUUCGAACUAGUAAAGGCUCUAAUCAAAAUUCUAGAAGCACAGGCGGACUCCUUGAUCCUUUGCGUUGCUGCCCAUGACCUUGGAGAGUAUGUAAGGCACUACCCAAGGGGAAAGAACAAAGUGGAGCAGCUGCAGGGUAAACAAGCGGUCAUGAGAUUGCUUUCCGCCGAAGAUCCGAAUGUUCGAUACCACGCGCUGUUGGCAGUCCAGAAACUGAUGGUCCAUAACUGGGAAUAUCUUGGCAAGCAGCUGGACGCCGAUGCCGGUAUAAUAGCUACCAGUUAA